AUGGCGCGUACCAAGCAAACAGCCCGUAAGUCAACUGGUGGUAAGGCUCCCCGCAAGCAACUUGCCACGAAGGCAGCACGCAAGUCUGCCCCCACUGCUGGUGGUGUGAAGAAGCCUCACCGUUACCGCCCUGGUACUGUCGCCUUGCGUGAGAUUCGUCGUUACCAGAAGAGCACAGAGCUUCUGAUCCGCAAGCUGCCAUUCCAGCGCCUUGUUCGUGAAAUCGCGCAGGACUUCAAGACCGACUUGCGUUUCCAGUCAUCGGCUGUCCUUGCCCUCCAGGAGUCAGCUGAGGCCUACCUUGUCUCGCUCUUUGAAGACACGAACCUAGCUGCCAUUCACGCCAAGCGUGUGACUAUCCAGCCCAAGGACAUUGCGUUGGCGCGUCGUCUCCGUGGCGAGCGCAGUUAA